AAAGGUCCUGUAGGAAAGUAACUGCCGCCAGCCGCCAGCCGGGAACAGAGAGUUGAGAGUCGUGGUUACACCCCUACGAGACAGCGAGACAGGAUAUGACGACCUUCACCUCCGUCCACGCAUAACCUCAGAAGGAAUGCAGACAGACACGGGCGAGACUCAGGCCAAGGGGGCUGACACCCUCACCUUCUCCAUAGCCAAGAUCAUGGAACCCGACAAGCCUCGGAUCUCCUACCAGAACAGUCUUGACUCCGCGUUCAAGAAGUACGUCCCUGUGAUCCAUCCUCAGAACCUGCUACAAUACCCAGUGUUAUACUACCAUCCGGGGUACCACCACUACCUGCGGAGUCCUCUGGCCACGGGGGUGGUGACCGAGGGCGCUGGCGACUCUGCUGAGGCCGACAACAAGGAGUCUGGGGAAAAUCGGACUAAUAAUCGACAUAAAACGUUCACCUGCACUGACUGUGGAAAGGUAUUCAACGCCCACUACAACCUGACACGGCACAUGCCAGUUCACACUGGGGCAAGACCAUUCGUCUGUAAAAUCUGCGGUAAGGGCUUUCGGCAGGCAUCAACGCUCUGUAGACACAAGAUCAUCCACACGGAGGAGAAACCCCACACAUGUACCACGUGCGGCAAGGCCUUUAACCGCAGCUCCACACUCAACACACAUGCAAGGAUACAUGCAGGAUAUAAGCCAUUCACGUGUGAGUACUGCGGCAAAGGAUUCCACCAGAAGGGCAACUACAAGAACCAUAAGCUGACGCAUAGCGGGGAGAAAGCCUACAAGUGCAAUGUCUGCAACAAGGCGUUCCACCAAAUCUACAACCUGACUUUUCAUAUGCACACGCACAACGAGAAAAAGCCGUUCACCUGCAGAAUCUGUGGGAAGGGAUUCUGCCGAAACUUUGACCUCAAGAAACACAUGCGGAAGUUACAUGACUCCAGCUCUCCGGAGAGUCAGGACCAAGGGCCUUCCUUGCAAAGUCCUGGCAGCUUCCUGGGACCUCUAAUGGUGCCGUCCACACCCUACGUGUCUAAGCUCUUGUGACAGCAGAUCUUCCUGCAUCGCCCCGACACCAGAACUUAGCUGUGCGCUUCAUCUGCCAAUCGCACUCGCAGUGCUAGUGCUAAAGGCUUGGAUUCCAUUAGUUUUUUUACAUAUACGAUCACUUAAAAUUAGCUUUUAAUGUACCAACCGAGACAAAUAAAGUGGAUUGAGUCUAAAAAAAGUAAAACGUCUAAGAAAGCUACAAGUUCUUCAAACAUCGGUGUAACCAAGUCAAUAAUGGAAUUAGAUUAGUUCACUUUUCUCACUGGUUAAGCUAAUAUUAAAACCUGAUCAUAAGAUUAUUAAAAUAUGGGCAGAUUAAAAUAUUUAAUUGAACCACUGUCCUCAGAAACCCACUUAGGGCAGCAAUGUUAAAUUGAUUUGUCUUUUGGCCAUUUUGAUAUUGCUUUACAAGUGGCCAAAACAAUC